AUGCCUCAAUCCGGUUCCACGUACAUCUUCGUCAACGAAAAGGCCGGCACAGUCGCCGACCUCAGCGGCGGGGACAACAAAUCCAUCAUCGGAUACGAGAACCACAACGGGGACAAUCAGAAGUGGCGCGCAGAGAAGCGCGGACAAGGGUGGACCUUCAAGAACGUAGCUACGGGGCAGUACCUCGGAAUCGAAGGCGAACCGGGCGAGAAUACCCCUGUCGUGGUCGUCGACCACCCCUUCGAAUGGGACGUCAAGGAGGAUCGCCAGGACAACUCGAGCUGGAGGUUCUGGGUCCCCGGUACCAAGUAUAAUAUGGAUCUUUCUGAUCAUGGGAACGCGACACCUGGGACUAAAGUACUGCUCUGGGGCAAGUGGGAUGCUGGGCGCAACCAAUGCUGGCGCCUUCAGAAAGGUGAUCACCCCUGCCCGAUUGAUGCCAUAUACCGAUAA